CACCAGAAUAAAAACAGCAACACCAGACUCAGAGUGGGGGGAUAAAGCAAAGCGUCGUCUCCCCUGCUUGUAAUUACACAGAGUCUCUCCCUCGUAUCUUUUUACCUUUCUCACUUUGCUGCGCUGCUCUUUGAGACCCCGGGAAGUGGUAAUUAGCUCGGAGAGAAUAAAACCAGCUGAGGAGAGAGGGGUGGUGCAUUCUGGAGAGAGAUGGCUAACAGAAACACUCUCUUGCUCUUCUGUGGAGUCGUCCUUCUAGCGCUGCUUCAGUCCUCUCUUCAAGGAGGUGUGUAUGUACCACCUGGUCCUGGGUAUAGACCAGGAGCCCUUCAACCAGGGACUGGAUACUUUCCAGGGUCUACUGGAGGAGGUGCAGCAGGCUAUAAACCAGCAAAAGCUGGAGUAGGAGGUUAUGGAGGCGGAGGCCGAGGUGUCGGACCCGGCGGUUUGGUACCAGGAGCAGGUGGUCUUGGAUAUGGAGGCCUGCCAACAGGACAAGGAGCAAAGGCUCCAAAACCAGGUUAUGGAAAUCUAGGAGCUGGGCUUGGCGGUUAUGGGGGAUAUGGUGGAGGUGCUGGGGGCUUUUUCCCGGGACAAAAAGCAGCCAAAGCAGGGACCGGGACAGGAGUAGGGCCUGGAGGCACUGGAACUAGACCCUCAGUGCCUGGUGGAGCACCUGUUAUCCCUCAGACGGGCCUUCCAGGAGGAGCCGGUGGUGCAGCGGGAAAGAAAGCGGCCAAAGUGCCAGGUGUGGGUGUCCCUGGACUUUACCAAGGAGGAAUUGUUCCAGGAGCGGGGUUUGGCGGUCGUGGAGUUCUGCCCGGGGUCGCUAUUGGAACUAACCUAAACUCCAAAUCAAUUGGAGGACAACAAGGAGGUCAAGGAACUCGAGGUUUUGGUGGACCGAUGCAGCCAGGAGUGUUUCAUGGUUACCCCCUCAAAUCACCCAAAACGCAAGGGAGCUAUGGAGCGAAACCUGGAGGUGGAAAAGUUCCUUAUGGUUAUGGGGGCUAUGGCACUGGUGGAGCAGGACUUCCAGGAGGAAAAACUGGUCCUGGAUCCAGGCCCGGAUAUCCUGUUGGAACUGGAGUGGGGCCUGGAGGCGUCUCACCUUUUCAGUCUAAAGCUGCUAAAUAUGGUGUUGGUGGUGGUGUUGGUGGUGUCGGCGGUGUUGGAGGGGUCGGUGGCGUCGGUGGCGUCGGUGGCGUCGGUGGACUGUAUCCAGGGCAGGUGCCAGGAGGAUAUGGACCUGGGUCCAAGGCUGCUAAAUAUGGAGUGCCAGGAGGAGUGCCAGGAGGAGUACCAGGAGGAGUACCAGGAGGAGUACCAGGAGGAGUACCAGGAGGAGUGCCAGGAGGAGUACCAGGAGGAGUACCAGGAGGAGUACCAGGAGGUGCACCAAUUGUAGUACCAGGGGGAGGUGGAUACCUCCAACAAGGAAAAGCUGCUAAAUAUGGAGGAACAGGAGUGGGAGGAACAGGAGUGGGAGGAACGGGAGUAGGAGGAACAGGAGUGGGCGUGGGAGGAAUAGGAGGAAUAGGAGGAGUGGGGGGUGGAGGAUACUCCCCUGCAUCUAAGGCUGCUAAGUAUGGUAUUGGCCCAAGAGGAGGAGGAGGACUAGGAGGAGGAGGACUAGGAGGAGGAGGACUAGGAGGAGGAGGACUAGGAGGAGGAGGGAUCCCUGGAGCUCCAUAUAUACCAGGAUAUGGAUCUUUGUCAGCUGGUGCCAAACCGCCGAAAUAUGCUCCACAAACAGGCCUUGGAGGAGGUGGAGUCCCCGGUGGAGCAGGGCAGGGACUGCCGGGGGGCUACGGUGGCUAUGGGGGCAGCACAGGGGUCAAACCUCCAAAGUAUGGAGUUCCAGGAGGAGCUGGAACAGGGUUCGGAUAUGCAGGACUGGGAGGUGCAGGAGGAGGGCCUUUUGUUCCAGGAGGUGGACAAUACUCGGCCGCUGCAGCAAAAGCUGCUAAAUACGGAGUUUCAACAGGAGGCACCGGGACAGGAGUGGGAACAGGGGGCAUAAUAGGAGUCCAAGGAGCCGGACAAUAUCCUGCAGCUGCUAAAGCAGCAAAAUACGGAGUUACAGGUGGUGCUGGGACAGGAGUGGGACUAGGAGGAGUGGGACUAGGAGGAGUAGGACUAGGAGGAGUGCAAGGAGGUGGACAAUACUCUGCCGCUGCAAAAGCUGCUAAAUACGGAGUUGCUGGGACAGGACUGGGACCAGGAGGAGUAGGAGUUGUACCAGGAGGUACAGGAGGAGUUGUGCAGGGAGGUGGACAAUACUCUGCCGCUGCAAAAGCUGCUAAAUACGGAAAUACAGGAGUUGCUGGGACAGGACUGGGACCAGGAGGAGUAGGAGUUGUACCAGGAGGUGCAGGAGGAGUUGUGCAGGGAGGUGGACAAUACUCUCCUGCUGCCAAAGCUGCUAAAUACGGUAUCCCAACAGGAGUUGGACCAGGAGUUCAAACAGGCGUGAGGCCUGGUGUGACUCCGGACACGUCUGUCAGCGGCAUUGCAAAUGGCUCUAUACCAGCUGUGAAACCAGGGCAGGACGUGGGUGUUGGUGGAACUCCUCAGCCAGGGCCCACUCCUAUCGCUGCGCUUAUUAAGGCCCCAGAGGUCCCACAGCCCAGCGUUGCAGGUGGAGUUGUGCAGCCAGGUGUUGACACAAGGGGACAAGUUCAACCUGGUGCUGGAGGGAAACCGCCAAAGCCAUACCUGCCAGGUGGCGGAGGAUAUCCCUACCCUUAUGGAGUUCCUUACGGUACCGGUGUCGGCGCCGUGCCUGGGCAGGGACCGGGAGCACAGCCCGGUGGGUCACCUACAGUUGUGGGAGGCAGAGGAAUCCCUCUGGCUGCAGGAGGCUAUCCAACUGGACAGGGUGGAGCCGGUGGCGGAGUUAAACCACCUAAACCAGGUUACGGUAGCCUUGGAGGAGGAGGCGUUUAUCAGCCAGGUGGCGGCGGGACAGGCCUGGGACCUGGAGGAGUCGGAGGCGGACAGUACCCCGCUGCUGCUAAAGCUGCUAAAUACGGCGUUCCAUCAGGAGUAGGACCAGGAGUUCAAUCAGGUGUGGUUCCUGGUUAUAAUGGAGGAUAUCCCCAGCAGUACUACCCAGGUCAAUACCCACAAGCCCAACUGACCCCACAACAAGCCAAGGCAGCAAAGUACGGUGCGUUGCAGGGCUUCCUUGGUGGUGGAGGAGGAGGAGCAGGAGGAGGUGGGUUCUACCGAGGUGGCACUGCGGGAUGCCAGGGUAAAUACUGUGGGAGGAGGAAGUAGAUGGUCUCCAGAUCCAGUGACCUCAAGAAACCAUGGUGCUACUGCAUGAUCUAGAAUGUACAUUUUAUAUGCAAACAAAGCCCGAUUAGACAACCUGUAAAGAUGUUUGUUGUUGCUUUACUUGACUUCAAUGUCUGUUUUUCUACAAACCCACCGACCCAGAAUUUUGUACAUGUUCUGUUGUGAACAUAUGUUAUAGAUAGUGCCUUUACAUAAUCAUGUUAUGUGUUCCAGUUAAUCAGCUUUAACUCAGAAGUUAGAAAUGUUUUGGGUCAUUACGUGUUGCAGCGUUUGAUUUCGUGUGGGUGCGUGUUGUGAUGAUCAGUCUGACCUUUUUGUUUUAAUCCCCCUAAACGAGUGGAUCCGUCUCACCUGUCCGCAGCGAGCUUAUCGUCUCUUAUGGGGAGCGUUGAUUUGGUCAAAGCUCGCCCAUAUAUACUGAUUAAAUCUGGCCAAUCUCUGCGCCCUGUUUCCUCCGCUGCUAUUUUUAGCCACGCUGAGUGUAAAGCGACAGAAGCUGGCUCAGGCCAACCCAUCUGCUCUCUGAGAUUUUGCUGAUUCCUGUCGCUGCGCAGCGAAGUCUUCUCAGCACUUUCUGAUCUUUGAGGAACAGAAAGCUGAACACAGUCAAAAAACUCCUUUUUCUGCUUUUCUGGAGGGGAAAAGCAUUUAGUUCGAAGUAGACCUUAGUCUGGUGUGUUCUUUAUGUUUGGUCGAAUGUUGAGUGUGUAGUCUCAUUUAUUUUUGCCUGUUAUAAGGGGUUCGGACUCAUAGCUGUAUCUUUAUCAGGAAAGCAUUAAACAAGAACAAUCCUUUUGCAUUUAUCCUCUGUUACUAAUUAUUAUUACAGGCUUUGUUUAAUGGGGGAGGAUGUGUGUUUAUGUGAGGCAUAAAAUCCUCUUGUUUAUUUACUUGAGCUGCUUUUUAUCAAGGCUUUAUUGACCAAAGGUUUCUGAGUGCUGUUGCCAGCGUGACCGCAUCUCUCCACGUGUAACUAUGUACUGUAUUUUUAACUAAUUCUGAUGUUAGCCGGCUUCUGUUCCUUCAUCCGGGGCUGCCUGAGAACUGUCUUUGAGCCUCGCCAGGUCGGACCCUUUCAUAAGUGGCGUGGGAUGCGCUUCAUCUUUAUUUAAAACUGUUUUUAGAAGGAGGAACGCUGUGGUUUUGCACUUUUUUUUUAAAUGAUCCCCACGACACAUGCGACUCGAUCCCAGACGUCCUGGCAAUGUCUUUGCUUUAACAGAUAACAGAAUAAAAUGUGUUUAAAGAA